AUGCAAACUACUGUCAUGGAAUCUUCGAGCAGGCCUCGAUCUCGCACGUCAUCAAAUAGUGUACUCCAGCUCCAGCUCCAACGCCUCCUUCACCCCCGUGCAGGAGGAGGCCAGUUUAAUUAUCAGGCGACAGUUAAUGAGUUGACGAUACAGUUUUUGAGCCAGCAUGAGCAGAUUAGGGUUGCUGCACUGAAGUGGCGCAUAAUGCUGCACCAGAAAGCACUGAAGCAGCUCCCCGCGCAAACAUUGUCCUCCUCAGAAGAGAGCUACUUCAAGGAUUUCAUGAUGGACCUUUUCGAACUCUUCAGCACAGAUAGGAAGCUUCUUGAGGCCUGCGGCAGUCCUAUCAUCCACCAGUCGUGUCUCAGUCUCAAUACGGAGAGGAUAUAUGAGACAUUUGCAGAAAUUUUGGAGAAAGAAGAGGUUGCUCGUCUUUUGUGGAUCUGGAGUUUGCAAGCGAACGUGCAGAUGCUGAAUAUGAUCCUGAUCACUUUGCCUGAACAGUUCCGAAAACGGCUGAAGGGCCUUGAGACAGGGUUGCAAGAUGGUCAGGCGCUGUUCACCACGCUUUACAGGUCAUGGUGUCAUAAUGCGAUUGCAGUGUUUUCGUUGUGCAUGCUUGCGCAGGAUUACGAGCAUGCAUCAAAUUUACUAUCUAUCUCUGAUCAAAUCUCCCGUAUUCACUUCCGUCUCAACGGAGUCAACUCUGCCGGCUUCCUCCACAUUGCCCCAAAAGCACAAAAUGGCAAGAACUUCUCGAUCAUUUCGCUCGCUACAAAGCAAGCACGAGAAAGCGCGACUUGGGAUCUCGGGAAUACUUUAUCUCAGGAUGAUAUCACCAUCACACUGCUCUCGCUACUUGCGUCUGGUGACCUCCCAGUGCUGCCGAUUAUCCCGCCAAAGCCCACACUGAGUCCGCUCAAUCCAAAGGCGAGGCAGAAUGGGCUGAUGGCAGGCAUGUUGCAGGGUGUGAUGACACCGGGGGGUAAUGCAACAGAGGACGAGGCGGACUCUGGGCUUACCUGUGGUGGGACCCAGGAAGGGGAAAACGAUUUGACUCAGAGUUUCGCAUACCGAGAUGUCAGCAUGUGCAUUGCAGCUUCAGAGUUGGCAGUGAACAAAGGCUCUUUCAAGAGUUUUCCUUGGACCCUUGCGCGGUCUUACUCGCCUGGAAGGAAUGAGGUUAUGAUGCUGAAAGUCGGACUAACGGCAGCGAAUCUUUACCUUGAGAAGGAUGGCAACGAUGAUUCCUGUCCGAUUCUUUCCCAGCCGGCAAAAAUCGAGUCGAAACUAGCGAGAUGA